AGAGUUUUCAAAGGAUUAUAUAAUGAGAAAAGAGAAAGCACUUUAUUUCCCGCCCCGGUCGGCCGAUAUUUAACUCCCUCACUAUCUUCUUCUUCUCGUCGGCAAGAAAGUGCUUUUCUUCUUGUGUGAGUGUAUAAUUUUCAAAAGAAAAAUGCGAUGUUCUUGCUGUACGAAGCACUUCUUCCAGCGGUUUUUCACGGAUGAGUUCCAAAUCAACGGCGGCGGCAGCGGCGGCGCUCUUAAAAGCACUUUCUUGUCUCCCGAGAUUUUGCCUUCUCUUGGCGCCACUAUCAACCAAACCACUAACCUUCGUAAACACGUCAUUUCCCCUUUCGACCCUCGUUAUCGAGCAUGGGAGAUGUGGCUGGUGAUUCUAGUGAUAUACUCAGCUUGGAUUUGUCCAUUUGAAUUUGCAUUUCUUCCUUACAAGCAAAAUGCUCUUUUCAUAAUAGAUCACUUUGUCAAUGCCUUCUUUGCUAUCGAUAUCAUUUUAACUUUCUUCGUCGCAUAUCUCGACUCUCAAUCCUAUCUUCUCGUUGACAACCCCAAAAAAAUUGCCCUCAGGUAUUUAUCUACUUGGUUUAUAUUCGACGUUUGUUCUACUGCGCCAUUACAGUCGAUCAGUUUCUUGUUCACAAAUCAAAGCGGAGAAGUUGGGUUUAAGCUUCUCAAUAUGCUCCGGCUAUGGCGUCUCCGACGGGUCAGCUCUCUUUUUGCAAGGCUGGAAAAGGACAUUAGGUUCAAUUAUUUCUGGACCCGUUGCACAAAGCUCAUUUCUGUUACAUUAUUCGCAGUACAUUGUGCUGGGUGCUUUAACUACGUAAUAGCAGACAAAUAUCCAGACUCAAAACAAACAUGGAUUGGUGCAGUUAACCCAAAUUUCAAAGAAGAUAGUCUAUGGAACCUUUAUAUUACUUCCAUUUAUUGGUCCAUUACCACCUUAACAACCACUGGCUAUGGCGAUCUUCAUGCUGAAAACCCUAGAGAAAUGCUCUUUGAUAUCUUUUAUAUGCUCUUCAACUUGGGCUUCACUUCUUAUCUCAUCGGUAACAUGACCAAUCUCGUCGUCCAUUGGACCAGUCGCACCCGAAACUUCAGAGAUACAGUACAAGCUGCGACAGAAUUUGCAUUGAGAAACCAAUUACCGAACCGGAUACAAGACCAGAUGUUAUCGCACAUAUGUCUCAAGUUUAGAACUGAGGGAUUGAAGCAACAAGAUACAUUGAAUGAGCUUCCAAAAGCCAUUAGAGCCUCCAUAGCUCACUAUCUCUUCUAUCCUAUUGUUCAAAAAGCCUACCUUUUUGAAGGAGUUUCUCAUGACUUUCUUUUCCAAUUGGUCUCAGAUGUGGAGGCUGAGUACUUCCCACCCAAGGAAGAUAUUAUACUUCAAAGUGAGGCUCAAACAGAUCUCUAUAUAUUGGUCUCAGGCAGUGUGGAUCUAAUAUUAUCAUAUGUUGAUGGGAAUAAUGAUGAUCAAGUUAUAGGAAGAGCAACAGGUGGAGAUAUAUUUGGAGAAUUUGGAGUUUUAUAUCAAAAGCCACAACCUUUCACAAUUAGAACCACAAAGCUUUCUCAAAUAUUAAGGCUCAAGAGAACUUCAUUAUUGUAUAUUAUUCAAUCAAACACAGAAGAUGGGAAUAUUAUAAUGACCAACUUCUUCAUGAAAAUGAAGGAAUAUGAAAGAAUAAUGGGGAAUAUUUGGUGUGAAAAUAAUGGUGGGCUAAAGAAACUUGAGAAUCAUUCUAAAGAUGAUGAUGAUGAAAAUGUUGGAAGUUUAGAUGAACAUAGAAUUGAGUUUGAUGGGCAAAUUGAAGGAGGUGAAAGGGACAUUUUUUCUCAUAAUCAACAAGGAAGAGAUAAUGGAGGUCCUUCAAAUUCUUCUAUAGUUUCAUCCUUAGAAAAUUUGCCAACAAUUAGCUCUAAUUACUUGAAAGUCUCUCCACAAAUCAAGAAAAGGGUUACCAUUUAUAUGCAACCUCAAGAUAGAAGCAACAUUAAUAGUCAACAUGGGAAGUUGAUGCUUCUCCCGAAUUCGAUCGAAGAGCUUUGCAAAAUUGCCGGUGAAAAGUUUGGAGGGCCAAAGCCUACGAAAGUGAUGAGUGCAGAUCAUGCAGAAAUUGAUGAUAUAAAUGUUAUUCGUGAUGGUGACCAUUUGUUUCUUCUCUAUAAUGAUAUUCAAAAUUGUGGCCUCCAAUGAGCCUUAAUAAAAAAAAUAUUUUUUUGAGUUGUUA